AUGGAACAAGAAGAUAGUUUUGGUAUCAACAAACUUCCCGCAAUUUUCAUGGGAGUGGAGAAAGUGAACAGAAUUUACAACGAUACAUUUCAAUUGAAUUUGAUACGGACAACUUUUGGAGAACGAUGCAGCCCUAAUGACAAAGCAGUAGCAUUUGCAGAAAUAUAUUACAAUCAUCAUAUUUAUGUUUCAUUUGGACCAGGAUGUUCAUCCACUAUUGAACCAGUCGGAAGAAUGGCCGCAUCUUGGAAUAUUUUGAUGUUAGUAACCGUAGGAACGGACGCCAUGUUUGAUGUCCAGGAAGAUUUUCCAACUUUAGUACGAACUUCUGUUUCUGUAAACAAAUUUUCACUGUUUUAUGUAGAAUUUUUUACCCAUUUUUCGUGGACGGAUAUUGCCGUAAUUUAUGACCAGAAUGCAGUAUACUGUCCAAGAUGGCAGGAAGGUCUAGAAUUGGUUUUGGCAACCAAUGGUUACCAUGUAACUGUAAUUAAGAUGAGAUCGAUAUCAACUGGAAAACUAACAUUUAAAGAAACACUUCAAGAAGCUAGUGAAGUAUCCAGAGUAUUUGCUGUUUGUUGCCACAUGGAUACCUUUCGGGAGCUAAUGAUUGAAGCAUACAAUCUUGGAAUGACGAAUGGCGACUAUGUGUUUAUAAUGUGCACAAGGUACAAUGGAGAUUUCUUCGGAAACUACAAUUGGUACAGAGAUGAUGAAUUAGACCAGAUAGCAGAAAAGGCUUGGCAAACAGUGAUGAUGGUGAAGUUUAGAAAUCAAGUUGGAGCAGAAUUUUUACAGUUUGAGCAAGACUUAAUAGAUCGCGCCAGAAAGGAUUUCAACUAUACCUACGAUCCAGUACCAGGACCUGAUGUAAUAGAUUAUUACGACUUAUUUCUUAUUUAUGGACAAAUUCUGAAUGAAACCAUAGAAGAGGGCGGUAACUAUAGCGAUGGUGUUUAUAUGAAAUCGAAAAUAAAAGGAAAGACUUUUGAAGGAAUACAGGGCAACCUUGUUUUUGACAGUAUUGGAGCACUGGAGCCGGAGUAUUCGCUUCACGAUGUUAACCCAAUUACUGGGGAGUUUAAGGUCGUUGGUAAUUAUUCUAGUUUUUCACGACAACUAAUCCUAAGCAAUGCGUCUAUCCACUGGCCAGGUAAUAAAGGACCGCCAAAGAAUACACCUUAUUGUGGAUUUGUGAAUGAGAAUCCAGCAUGUUUUCCAAAAGAGUUGAGCGUGUUGGCAAUAGUAGCUGGUUCUCUUGUUGGUAUUGUUGUUUUUAUUUUACUUGUUGUGCUUUUUGGAUACAGAAAAAUGAAACAAGAAGCAGAGCUUAAAAGUUCUUGGUGGAAAAUCAAGUCAGGUGACGUCAAAUUAAAUAACAGUACAAAUAAUAGUUACAGUAGUAGACGGAGUCGACUUUCUAUGUUGAAGAGUACAGAAGAAAUUUACUCCUAUAAGGAGGCAUAUGGUCAUUUUGUAGGAGAUCAUUGUGGGGUUUAUCAGGGAAAUGUGGUGUUUUUAAAGAAAACAAAGCUGUCUAAUCUGAACUUGAGUCGUUCUAAACUCAUCGAACUUAAACAGAUCGGAGAUUUGACUUGUCAAAAUCUGGUUAAGUUCGUUGGUUUGUACCCCUUUGAAAAGUGUAUUUACAGAGUCACUGAGUACAGCAGUAGAGGUAGUUUACAGGAUAUAGUGCAAAAUGACUCAAUCAAUCUAGACUGGGACUUCAAAGUUGCAUUACUUACCGAUCUUACUAAUGGAAUGGCGUUUCUUCACGAUUCCCACUUUCUAGUGCAUGGUCGACUGAAUAGUGAACGAUGUGUGAUAGACAGUCGAUUUGUUCUAAAGAUAACCGGAUAUGGUUUGAAUUUCAUUCGUGGUGAAGAUCCAUUCAAAUCAGUCAAGAAUGAACCAGAAUAUUUAUGGUUUGCACCUGAGGUUUUAAGAGGGAAGUGCAACGUUUCACAAGCAGCUGAUGUUUAUAGUUACUCUAUUAUCAUGUUUGAGGUUCUCACACGUAUGGCGCCUUUUGAGCUGGAUUUAGAUUUAUUGACAGUGAAAGAGAUUGUAAGUAAAUUACGAGAUGAGGGUCUGCAGCAACCGUUCCGUCCAACGAUGCCUGGUGACGUUGAAAAACCCGCGAUAAUUGAGCUGAUGAAGGAAUGCUGGGACGAAUCUGUAUCUGACAGACCAACAUUCAAAGCGAUAAAGAAACAACUUAAGGCACUAACUGGAAUUUCUAGCAGCCAUAACAUAUUGGAUUCGCUCCUCAGACGUAUGGAACAGUAUGCUAAUAAUCUGGAAGAUUUGGUCAGUCAACGAACAGAUGCAUUGAUUGAAGAAAAGAGAAAAUCUGAAGCAUUGUUAGAUCAAGUUUUACCGAGGAGUGUAGCUACAAAGUUAAAAAAUGGUCUUCCUGUGGACCCAGAAGCAUACCAGUGUGUAACUAUAUACUUCAGUGAUAUAGUUGGAUUUACAUCCAUAUCGGCUAAGAGUUCUGCUAUUGAGGUUGUUGAUUUGUUGAAUGAUUUAUAUACAAUGUUUGAUUCCAUCAUAGACAUAUUUGAUGUGUAUAAGGUUGAAACUAUUGGGGAUGCUUAUAUGGUCGUCUCUGGCCUACCUGCAAGGAAUGGAAAUGACCAUGCCAAACAAAUUGCUCAAAUGUCACUAGCUAUUCUCAGAGAAAUCGGAAACUUCGAGAUCCGUCAUUUACCCGCCAUUACUUUGGAAGCUCGUAUAGGGCUGCAUUCAGGGCCAGUCUGUGCAGGUGUUGUUGGAAAGAAGAUGCCACGUUAUUGUCUGUUCGGUGAUACUGUAAACACAGCAUCCCGAAUGGAGUCACAUGGACAAGCUAUGAAAAUUCAUGUUAGUCCACAGUCAAAAUUGCUCUUAGAUGGCUUCGGAUUAUUCAGUCUGGAAUCAAGGGGUACUGUUCAAAUAAAGGGCAAAGGAGAAAUGACAACGUAUUGGCUGUUAGGGGAAUCCCCUUGUGUGGAUUUGGCAAUUCUAGAGAACGACGACACGUCAAGUGAACAUGGUAUACUCUCACUACAACAUGGUGCGUUUCCCGCCACAAAUAUGAUCUCGUAUGAGACUGGUACUCCAAUCAAAUAUAUAAAUAACUCAAUCGGUAAUUGUGAUAUAUCAGUCAGAAAUGAAACUGUAUCAGCUGCAAGUAAUAUCUUGUUAUCCGACAUUGAGAACAUUUCGACUAAAAGUCCGACAAAAUUUGAAAACAUUUGAAAUCGAUUAAAACGGAAGCGGUGCUAUUCAGUUUUUUAAUGCUCAUAUUUCAAUUUGGAGUGGAAUGGAUACUUGAUAUCGACUAAAUGUGAUAUGUCUGCAGAACAUGUUGAAAGAAUAGUAGACAGUAACUAAAAACGGACAAUUCAUACCACUGAACAAUUUUGAACCCACACAAGAGGUCAAACUACUUGGUCUGACCCUUUAUAGUUAUAUGAUAUAAAAUCAUCCAUGUCGUGCUUCUCUCUAUAACUUGGAUUGUACCUUUGUCAAACUGUUACAUGUACUUAUUAUA